UUCCAGUUCAUUUCCGGCUGAACUUUACUGGGCUGGAGUGGAGUUUUUCUUCCACGUCAAAUCAAAAUAUUUGCUACUUUGUCGAGCUUCGCAGUAUUGAAUUAUUCUUGCUACGAGGCAUUUUGGAAGAAUAAGUUACUUUAUAAUUGUUCCAUCUGGAGUAGAAAAUGGUCUCUGUGGUGAAUACCAUUGAUACUGGCCAUGAAGAUAUGAUCCAUGGUGCUGAAGUGGACUACUACGGUUUACGGUUGGCAACCUGCUCAUCGGACAACUCGGUGAAAAUAUUCGAUAUAAAAAGUGGAGCUCAAACACUUGCGGCAGACUUGAAGGGUCACGGUGGGCCAGUUUGGCAAGUGGCCUGGGCUCAUCCUCGUUAUGGUAACAUUAUUGCGUCGUGCUCAUACGAUCGUAAGGUUAUCAUUUGGAAGGAAGCCGGACCUGGUGAUUGGAGCAAAUGGUUUGAAUAUAGCAAUCAUGAUUCUUCUGUUAAUUCUGUUGCUUGGGCUCCGGCGGAAUAUGGACUGAUCUUAGCUUGUGGAAGUUCGGACGGGUCAGUUUCCGUUUUAACUGCCAAUGUAGAAGCAGGCACUUGGGAUUCCAAAAAAAUAGCUAACGCUCAUAGCAUCGGUUGCAACACAGUUAGUUGGUGUCCCGCAACAGUUCCGGAGCCUGCCUUUGAUCAAAGACAGGGUAAAUCAAGCCUUAUCGUGAAGCGCCUUGUGACGGGAGGUUGCGACAAUUCUGUUAAAAUAUGGAAGGAAGAGGGUGAUCGCUGGGAGGAAGACGCACGACUUGAACUACAUUCAGAUUGGGUGCGUGAUGUAGCCUGGGCUCCUAAUGUUGGACUUCCUCGGCAUCAAAUCGCAAGUUGUUCCCAGGAUCGAAGAGUUGUUAUCUGGACCAGUGAUGAUUUACAGAAUUGGCAGUCAACAAUUUUGAAUAAUUUUGAUGAUGUCGUGUGGAACGUUAGCUGGUCACUGACGGGUAACAUUUUAGCUGUAUCAGGGGGAGAUAACAAGAUCAGUUUGUGGCGUGAGAGUAACGAAGGACAGUGGAUCUGCAUCAGUGAAGAUACAAAUUCAGUUAGCCAAACGCAUCAACAGAACGCCACACAGAAUAGUUUUGUCCCGGAACAGCGGACACUGUAGGUGAAUGUCAUGGUUAUACUAAAUUGUUUUUCAUGUUACUUUCAAUAAAAACAAAUACUGAUAAUAAACUACUAAUAACUGCAAA